AGGUGGGCGGGACCAUACCAAACGCAAACAUGGCGGCGUCCUUAGAUGAUGAUUUUGAGUCUGAUAACCAGGAUUACUACUCUCUACUCAACGUCAGGAAAGAGGCUACAUUGGAGGAACUAAAGGGGUCAUAUCGGAGGCUGUGUAUGCUCUACCAUCCUGACAAACAUCGAGACCCAGAGCUGAAAAGCCAGGCUGAGCAACUUUUUAACCAGGUGCAUCAGGCAUAUGAAGUGCUGAGUGAUGCUCACUCUAGAGCCAUCUAUGACAUCUUUGGGAAAAAAGGGUUGGAGGUUGAAGGCUGGGAGGUGGUGGAGAGGAAGAGAACUCCAGCAGAAAUCCGAGAGGAGUAUGAAAGGCUGCAGAGAGAAAGAGAAGAGAGAAGACUACAACAAAGAACCAACCCCAAGGGCACCAUCAGCGUGGGUGUGGAUGCAACAGACCUGUUUGACCGCUAUGAUGAGGACUUUGAAGAGAUGCCAGGUGGAGGAUUUCCUCAUAUUGAAAUCAACAAGAUGCAUAUUUCCCAGUCCAUAGAGGCUCCUUUGACGAACACUGACACAGCAGUGCUGUCUGGUUCACUCUCCACACACAAUGGGACUGGAGGGGGCAACAUUAACAUGACCGUACGAAGGGUUACGUCAGCCAAGGGCUGGGGAGAGUUGGAGUUGGGAGCUGGGGACAUACUUGGACCUCUUAUCGGGUUGAAGGUGUUUCGCAACAUCACCCAACGGUGUUUCUUGACAGCCCAGGGCGGUCUGCAGUUUUCUCCUCGAGGUUUGCGACCCAGCUGUUCUAUGAUGACAGCACGUCACCUGGAUCAAAACACCAUGGGUUAUCUGCAGUGGCGCUGGGGGCCCAGCAGCGCCAUGACGACCAGCCUGGUGCGGGACACAAAGAGCAGCCACUUCACUCUAGCUCUGCAGUUGGCUGUGCCUCACUCCUACCUGAUGAUGAGCUACCAGUACAAGUUUCAGGAUGAAGACCAGACUAAAGUGAAAGGCUCUAUGAAGACAGGCUGGUUUGGUACUGUGGUGGAAUAUGGAGCAGAGAGGAAGAUCAGUCGACACAGUGUCCUGUCAGCCACUGUCAGCAUCGGGGUUCCUCAGGGGGUCACGCUCAAAAUCAAGUUGGCGCGUGCCAGUCAGACGUACCUGUUUCCAAUCCACCUCACAGAUCAGCUGCUGCCUAGCGCUGUGUUCUAUGCCACCGUUGGACCCCUGCUUGUCUACAUGGUCAUCCACAGACUGGUCGUCAUCCCAUAUACGCAAGCACAGAAAGAGCAAGAUUUGGAGCUGCAGAGGAAGAGCUCGGCUGUAGACAUUGCCAAGAAGAAGACCGAGGCAGAGUCUGCUGUUCUGCUGAUGCAGGAGUCUGUGAGGAGAAUCAUAGAAGCGGAAGAAUCCAAGAUGGGUCUGAUUAUCCUUAAUGCCUGGUAUGGAAAGUUUGUGUCGGACACCAGCCAGAAGCAGGAGAAAGCAAAGGUCAUCGACGUCACCGUGCCUCUGCAGUGCCUGGUCAAGGACUCCAAACUUAUCCUAGCAGAGGCCUCUAAGGCUGGGUUGCCAGGCUUCUUCGACCCCUGUGUGGGAGAAGAGAAGAGUCUCAAAUUACUGUACCAGUUCCGAGGCGUCAUGCACCAAGUCAUCUCCGCUGACACCGAGGCACUACGGAUACCCAAGCAAUCUCACAGAAUUGAGCCUGAGUCUUCCUAGGAGCCCGCUACUGUUGCAGCACCAGAGGGCAGAACGCAGAUCAAACAGACUGUGUGUCAACAGAAAAAUGAGAAGACACAUUAACAAUAAGUCUGUUACUCUCCUCUGGUCCUCUUCUAUCAUGGUAUUUAGUGAAUCUGUUUAUCCAGUUCCUUCACUCCUCCCUCUCCUGUGGGCCGUCUCCGAGGUUCAGCAGAAUACAGGAGGCAGCUCAGAGUGUGUGUCUCUGAGUCAAAUAUCUGACUGCUGCAAGAGAUCAAACACUGGCCCUGAACAUAGUUUUAUAUAAAAGUAAAUAUAUAUAUAUACAUAUAUGCACUACACAGAGGGACUGAUGGUCACUGCGGACGUGGUGGCCAUUCCCGUCCACGAUGAGCUAAAAGUGCACAUACAUUUAAAGAAGUAUAUUGACAUUUCUUAUGUCAAGUAUGUUGAAAUGAGCUGUAAUGUAAUUUUACCCCAUAUCAUUGUCGUCUUAGUCCUGUAUGUGUGUCACCCGGGUAGGUUAACCUAUUAAUGUUAUAACAUACCAGUCAUUACACUAACUUUAAAAUGCAGAGUCAUGUCUCUGCUUAACUCGUGUUUUAGUUCACUUUAUUGAAAUGUCCUUUCUUAAUUUAUUUUUGCCUUUGAGUGACAUGUCUGCUGCUCAGGUGUAAACUGGUGCUGAAAACUUAUAUCUGUGAAGGUCGGGAUAUGGAAGUUGGAGGAGGGGAAGUGAGAGAGAUGCCCUUUGAUGGUAGUGGUCCAACCAAGGCUUAAAUCUUUCAUACUGAAUUUUUAAUAAUUCAAGCUUGAAUGCAUUUUUUAAAGCAGAAGUUCCCCUUCGAUUUGAUUUGCGUCAGUGUGUAUCGAUUGUUGCUGUGCAGCUGCAGCCCAAUGAUUUUAAAUAAAUUAAGGUGAGAUGUGUACUUCACUGGUAUAGCUCUAGCCCUAAGCCCCUGAUAACAGUAACACCUGGUACACAUUUAUAAUAUUGAAGCCUAUAGAGAUAUGAUUGAAGCUGUUUGUGGUUAUGAAGUGGCCAGUAGAGGGCGGAGGUCAACACUUUCCCUCCUGGAGGUUUUUCACUGUGACUGACGAAAACUUGAGCUGACAUGAGCCACACUGAAACCAUUUUACUGACCAUGGCACAUUUACAUAGCUGCAUUUAUUUGUUGGAUUGUGUCUGAUGUACACCAGACCUGUGCCAUAUGUUUGAAUUUAAUAUUCUCUGUCCCUCUUUUUUUAUUUAAAAAUGGAAUUAAUCUGCUAUUGCCAUGUCCCUUCUUACACAAGUAUAAGAUGCUAAACCAUGCUCAUCACUUGGCUAUCUUUUAGGUGAUGAUCAAGACACUAACAUACCUUUUAAUGUAGCUAUUUUACUCAGAGUGGUGAGGUUGAUAUGGACAGACCUAAUAUCGUAUGAUGCACUUUCUCCUCUGUUGCACAAGUUGAAAUUGUGGAUUGAAACCGUAUCUACAAAAGUACAAUGAUUGCCUCAUGGGCUAUGGUGAGUCACUGAAAACACUAUCUUAAAUACCUCUUGAGAUAAAAAAUGGUAUUAUAUUGAACAAAAUUAGAGGGUUGUUAUCAUGAAAGUGGAGCUGAAGCCUCUAAAUUUAGCUGUGUACUUUUACUGAGUUUACAUCUAAAAGGUUCUGACAAGUCCUGUUCAUUUUAUAUUGUACCCUUCAUUUAUUAAUUAUAUAUUUUUUCCAUUGCUGUGAUUGACUCGCAAGACGAGGGUGUGUUUAGGCUCAAAAAUAAAAACAGGAAGUAUUAAGAUGAAUAUGUUUUUGCAGCUGGUUGAAACGAUGUUGUCUCUACAGUCAGAUCCAUAGCAGUCUUGCGUCACUUUUACAGCAGCCAUUUUUGCACUGACUCUGUUUGUAGCAUUUGUCUUUUAAGUGUUUUUAAGUGUGCUGUAAAGUGUUUUGACAGGUCAGCUGGUCACCUCUGCUCCAGUGCCGCCAUGAGGUCAGCAGAAAGACGGCUUCCCUGCUGUGACACUCAUCCAAACUGACCCACAUUAGUAUGUAUAUAUGCUGUAUGGUUGAGGAACCUGUGUUCUCUGUCCUGUAAAAACUACAAUAAAUAUGAAGCGAUCA